ACUUGAAGAAGAAGAUCACGUGACAGGGGUCUAUGAAGAACACCAGAACAUACGUGUCUGUUAUGGUGGAGAAUAGUUUGAAAUGUGAAAUUCAUAGAAUCUAAAACAGCAUUUUAAAUUUGCGAUGGAUAUCGUGGUGUAUUUGAUUGCUGCAGCAAUCCUUAUUGUGUUGAUCGUUUUUGCUGUGAAGGUACGAGGAAAGACAGAGGAAGCUGACCGUGAACAGAGGCAGGAUGUGUUGCCUCGGGUGGCAGCUCCUCGCCCUCAGGUGGCCGAGGAGCGUGGGGUGGGCAUGCCCCGUCGCCGUAGAAAUCUCAACAGCAGGGUGAUGGCCCAGAGGCGAGCCCAGAGGGACGCAUCCGACAACGAGGACAGCCCUGUAGAGGAAGUGGCUAUGGAGGAACAGGAAGAAGAGGAGGAACAGCAGUUCCAGGCCACAGGGAAGUUGGGAGCCAAGAAGCAGAGGAAACUGGAGGAGAAACAGGCCAAACGGGCUCAGAGAGAGGCUGAGCUGGCAGAGAGAGAGGAAAGGAAGAAAAUGCAGGAGCUCAGAGAGCAGGAGAGAAGCAAGGAGGAUGAGAAGGAGAGACAACAGGAGCAGAAAGAGGAGGAAGAGGAGCGGCGGGCCAAAGAGGAGCAGGAGAAGAAGGAGGAAGAGGAGUACCUAAGGCUCAAAGAGUCCUUCGUCGUCGAGGAGCAGGGUGAAGCUGAUGAUGUCACAGAGGAAGAGUCACGCAACCUUCUACAAGAGUUCAUCCAGUACAUCAAGGACUCCAAGGUAGUACUGCUGGAAGACCUGGCGUCACACUUUGGAAUGCGCACACAGGAUGCAAUUGCGAGACUGCAGGACCUCUUAGCUGAUGGUGAACUCACAGGAGUGAUCGACGACAGAGGGAAGUUUAUCUCCAUCACGCCAGAAGAGUUGAACGCCGUGGCUCAGUUCAUCAAACAGAGAGGGAGGGUCUCUAUCAGCGAGCUGGCCCAGGCCAGUAACUCACUCAUCAACCUCACGCCCGAGAUACGAAACAUCGCCUAAUGGGGAAUACACAGACACGCACAACACACAUGUGGACAGAUUUUGCAGAUUUUGCCAAAACUAGAAACUCCCUCAUCAAUCUACAGUAAAAACUGAAAUAUCCAAUGCUGCCAGAUUUGUGAUGCCAAACUUGGAUAAGCAAUGAAGCAUUAAACAAACACAUUAGGCAACACUCAUACUGGUACAGACUCAGAAUUAUAAUUUCAUACACUGGAUUAUUGGAUUAUCUUGGUUUUUGUCAACAUACUCAGUAUACGGACUGUAUAUGAAUAAAGUUGACAUUUGAAUUGG